CGAAGGAAAAAUGAUCGAAAUCAAGUCUGAAAUCGUUUCCAGGCAAACCAUCAAACCUUCCACCCCAACUCCUUCCGACUUGAAAACCUUCAAGCUAUCUCUUCUGGAUCAACUCUCCCCUGCCGUCCAUGGCAACAUGACCUUCUUCUACCCUUCUAGCAACACCAUGGAUUCCAUAGGUGAUGACUUCUCCGAGAAAUCCCAGCUCCUUCAGGAAUCGAUUUCCAAGACGCUCUCGCUCUUCUACCCGCUGGGCGGACGUCUUCAGGACGCUGCUACCAUUGAUUGUAACGACGAGGGUGCUUUCUUCGCCGAAGCCAAAGUCAACAUCCAAUUAUCUGAGUUCCUCAACCAACCUGAGUUUAAUCUAAUGGACCAUUUCUUACCUACUACAGAUACCAAAACCAUGGAAUUGUCCAAUGGUGCCAUGUUUAUCGUUCAGUUAACUAGCUUUACUUGCGGUGGUGUGGCGAUUAGUCUCUCCCUCACUCACAAGCUCGCUGAUGUAUCAGCACUGCUUACUCUCCUCCAAAGCUGGACAGCGGUUUGUCGCGGACUAAGUGACCCCGUGACCCCUGACCUCAUCGGAGAAAAAUUUUUGGCACCUAGAGAUGAACUAUCUGCCAUGUCUGCAUCUCUGAAUAUUGCUGCUGAAAAGUUUGUGCUGAGGAGAUUUGUGUUUAGUGCAUCAAAGAUUGCGGAAUUGAAGGCUAAAGUCGAUCAGGAAUUUCAAAACGAGAUGCCAAGCCACCCCUCUCGGGUGGAGGUGGUGUUGGCACUGUUAUGGAAAUGCGCCGUGGCUUGUAAGAAACAAAAAACAGGGUCAUUCGGGCCAACGGCAUUGUUUCAAGCUGUCAAUUUGCGCAAAAGGAUGUCUCCACCGUUACCCGAAACUGCUAUUGGGAACUUUAUAUGGCCAUUUAUGGUGCUUGCACAUGAAGAGAAAGACUUGGAGCUACCUGAACUUGUGAUUCAGAUGAGAAAAUCCUUCAUCGAAUUCAACAACACCAAGGCUAAUAUGUUCAGAGGCGAAGCGGCUCCUUUGGCAAUCAUGGGGGCCUUGAAGGAGAGAGGAGAAUUCUUCAGGAACAACAGAGAAAUGACCGUUUACAAGUGUUCAAGUUGGUGCAAGUUCCCCUUAUAUGACACCGAUUUUGGGUGGGGAAAGCCGCUAUGGCAUGUCAGUAUAAACAAAUUGGUGAGCAACACAAUUGCUCUGGCCGACACAAGAUCUCGAGAUGGAAUUGAAGCUCUCUUGACUUUGGAUGAAGAAGAAAUGGCCUUAUUUGAACAAAAUGAAGAGCUCCUGAAAUAUGCUACUCCCAACCCCAGCAUUUAUGCUUGAUUUCAUGCUUUUUGCUAUGCAAAUUUACCGUUGCUCUGUGUGUGAUUCUGUCUCUUUUUUUUUUUUUUCCUUUUACAAUGAUUUGAUUUGAUUAUGUGUUUUGUUGAAGGUAAUUUACUUAUGAUUUUAAAGCAAUGCAAUGUUGGAGAGAAUAAGAUUUAGGUCUUUCUCUUUGAGGAGCUGAAAGAUACAAAGAAUUAUAAAAUGAAAAUUUGAGAAUAAAAUUCCUAGCGAUUCCUCCUUGG